AUGUCAUUGAGCAACACGACGAACUUGCAAGUUUUUUUACCCCAUGAACAGAUAAAUAAACACGCAUUUAUUGCGGCAGGUGUUCUGCUCGCAAUUAUUGGAUUUUUCGGAUUUUUUCUUAACUUAUUGGUUAUUGUCGUAAUUCUUAAAGAUGCAACCAACAUGUGGACACCUGUUAAUGUUGUACUACUCAACUUGGUGAUGUUAAACAAGAUAUCCUCAUGUAUAUUUAUUAUACUCAUUGAAAGGUGUCUAAGAAUGGCUCUCUUCGGCGAAGAAGAUGUGGAUCUCGGGACAGUGAGGUCAAUCGAAGACUUGCAAAGUAUGAUCAUCCUGAAAGAUUGUGGCGUAGAGGAGAUACUAGUUGACAAAUGUGAAAGAAAUUCUUUGAAAUGGUUUCGGCAUGUUGAUAGAAUGAAAGAUGAACGACUUACGAAACAAGUGUAUCAAGGUAACGUAAAUGGUAGUGUGCCCAGAGGCACACCGCGGAAAGAUGGGUAUGCGUGGCUUAUGUCUACGCUCGGGAUGGCUAGCAUUGGGAAUUUAACGGUCAUGGCAGUAGAAAGAUGGAUGCUUAUUACGAGGCCAAUGAAAGCGUUAACAAUCAGAAAGGCUUGUGUUUUGGUAUCCUGCGUAUGGAUUUAUGCUUUAUCGCUGUCAUUGCCACCCUUACUGGGCUGGGGAAGUUAUGGGCAAGAAGCUGGAAAUAUCUCUUGCAGUGUAUCCUGGGAAAAGCAAGAUCCUAUAACACACAGUGCGAGCUACAUCGCAUAUCUUUUUGCAUUCGGAUUGCUUAUUCCAUUAAUUUUUAUUGGAAGCAGUUACGGUUCAAUCGUCAUCACCUUAAGGACUAUGAGGAGAAGAGUUGGUUCAAGACGAAGGCAAGAAGAAAGAGUCACGAAAAUGGUGGCUCUCAUGAUUGCAGCAUUUCUGAUAGCUUGGACACCAUACGCAAUUGUAUCUCUGGGAGCACAGUAUUUCAAUAUGAAACUGUCGCCUGAGGUUUCGAUGAUGCCAGCAAUUUUGGCAAAAUCUUCUAUUUGCUACAAUCCAAUCAUUUAUGCGGGAUUGAAUACUCAAUUUUUAAAAUCCGUGAAGAGCGUUUUCAGAAUAAGGGGCAAAUCAAGAGCUGAGAACACAAGACCCGAGAGCACAAGAAGAGCUGAAAGUAUCACGGAAUUAACUGUCUCGAAACGCCAAAAUGAAUUGAUAAUUCAUGAAGAAUUGUGUGAAAAAGAAAUAUAACGACAUUCCGAUUUACCAUAAGAAAUAAAAAUUAAAAAAAAGAAGACCUUGUAAAGAAAGACCGAGUGUUGGCGUUUUAUGUGUAUACUAGGGUGGCUUA